AUGGAGCUCUUUGCUGGGCCAUUCACCAUCAAUCUUGACCCUCCAUCCUCAACCUAUCCCACCAUUCACGGCGGCGACAUGACCCGCGCGCUACCAGCAGAGCAAAGCAAGGAGGAACCCAUUUGA